AUGCCGAGGAACAGGGAUUUCUCGGAGCCCGAGUACUCGGCCGAGUACUCCGCCGACUACUCGGUGAGCCUGCCGUCGGACCCCGAGCGCGCCGUGGGCCGGACCCACGAGGUGACGGUGCGCAGCUCGGGGCCGUGCCUCUGCCUGCCCCGCUUCAUGCGCCUCACCUUCGCGCCCGAGUCCCUGGAGAACCUCUACCAGACCUACUUCCGUCGCCAGCGCCACGAGACCCUCCUGGUGCUGGUGGUCUUCGCCGCCCUCUUCGAUUGCUACGUCCUCCUCACGUGCGCCGCGGUCUACGCCGCCGACAAGUUGGCCCCGGCGUUGGCGGCGGGGACCGGGUUGGCCGCCCACGUGUUGCUCUUCGCCCUCUGCAAGUACCGGCUGCUGCCCGAGCGCGCCGCCCGCCGCUUCCUGCCCUAUGUCCUCUGGGUCCUCAUCUUGGCCCAGAUCUUCUGCUACUUGGGCCUCAACUUCUCGCGCUCGCCCGAGGCCAGCGACACGGUGGGCUGGCAGGCCUUCUUCGUCUUCUCCUUCUUCAUCACGCUGCCGCUGCGCCUGGCGCCCAUCGUGCUCAUCACCGCCGUGUCCUGCGGGGUCCACACGCUGGUGCUUGGCGUCACCGUCGCCCAACAGCGGCAGGAUGCCCUGGAUGAGGGCGCGCUGCUGAGACAGAUCCUGUCCAACAUUGCCAUCUACCUUUGUGCCAUCACGGUGGGCACCAUGUCCUACUACAUGGCUGACCGCAAGCACCGCAAGGCCUUCCUGGAAGCACGGCAGUCCCUUGAGGUCAAGCUCAACCUGGAGGAGCAGAGCCAGCAGCAGGAGCGGCUGAUGCUCUCCAUCCUGCCCAAGCACGUGGCGGAUGAGAUGCUGAAAGAUAUGAAGAAGGACCCAAGCCAGAAGGAGAUGCAGCAGUUCAACACCAUGUACAUGUACCGGCACGAGAACGUCAGCAUCCUCUUUGCGGACAUCGUGGGUUUCACUCAGCUCUCCUCGUCCUGCAGCGCCCAGGAGCUGGUGAAGCUCCUCAACGAGCUCUUCGCCCGCUUCGACAAGCUGGCAGCCAAAUACCACCAGCUGCGCAUCAAGAUCCUGGGUGACUGCUAUUACUGCAUCUGUGGGCUGCCUGACUACCGGGAGGACCACGCUGUCUGCUCCAUCAUGAUGGGGCUUGCCAUGGUGGAGGCCAUUUCCUAUGUGCGGGAAAAGACCAAGACGGCGGUGGACAUGCGUGUGGGAGUGCACAGCGGCACGGUGCUGGGCGGCGUGCUGGGCCAGAAGCGCUGGCAGUACGACGUGUGGUCCACCGACGUCACUGUGGCCAACAAGAUGGAGGCAGGUGGCAUCCCUGGGCGUGUGCACAUCUCACAGAGCACCAUGGACUGCUUGAAGGGCGAGUUCGAGGUGGAGCCGGGCGAGGGCGGCUCUCGCUGCGAGUACCUGAAGGAGAAGGGCAUUGUCACCUACCUCAUCGUAGUGCCCAAGCAGCCUCUACGCAAUGGCAUCAAUGGGGUGAAGCUGUCACUGACCUCGUCCCACGGAGGCUCCCCACUGCUCGUCAACACCAAGGAGCGCAAUGGCAGUGUCAGCAUGGCACGCACCAGCCCUGAGGAGCCUGAUGAGCCCGACGCCAGAGUGAGGGGCACUCUGGAGAACGGGGAGGAGGAUGGAGAGGCUGUGAACCCAUCCUUCCCCAACCCGCGGCGCCGGCUGCGGCUGCGGGACCUGGCUGAGCGGGUAAUUGAUGCGUCGCAGAAUGAGCAGGAGCUCAACAAGCUGCUCAACGAGGCCCUGCUGGAGCGCGAGUCCGUCCAGGCGUUGAAGGGGAAGAGCACCUUCCGGCUCUCCAUGCGCUUCAUUGACCCCGAGAUGGAGACGCGCUACUCGGUGGAGAAGGAGAAGCAGAGCGGUGCUGCCUUCAGCUGCUCCUGUGUUGUCCUCUUCUUCACUGCCUUGGUGGAGGUCUUCAUCGACCCUUGGCUGGUGGCCAACUACGUGACCUUCAUAGUGGGGGAGAUCUUGCUGCUCAUCCUCACCCUCUGCUCUCUGGCUGCCAUCUUUCCCCGGGUCUUCCCCAAAAAGCUUGUGGCCUUCUCCACCUGGAUUGACAGGACUCGCUGGGCACGCAACACCUGGGCCAUGGCCGCCAUCAUCAUUGUCACCAUGGCUGAUAUUGUGGACAUGCUCAGCUGCCAGCAGGACUACAGUGGGACAGGCAAUGGGACGGUGGUGCCACCACGGCCGGGUGGCUGCUGGGAGCAGCCCAAGUACUACAGCUACAUCGCCGUGCUGGCCCUGGUGGCCACCAUCAUGCUGGUGCAGGUCAGCCACAUGGUCAAGCUGACUCUCAUGGUGCUGAUCACCGGGGCGGCCGGCACUGUCAACAUCUAUGCCUGGGAGCACAUCUUCGACCAGUACGACCGCCGCCGCAGCCAGCAGAGCGCCAGGUCCUCUCUGGUCCCCUCCAAGUAUUCCAUGACAGCCAUGAUCUUCAUCGUGAUGCUCAGCUUUUACUACUUCUCUCGCCACGUGGAAAAGCUGGCCAGGACACUCUUCCUCUGGAAGAUUGAUGUCCACGACCAGAAGGAGAGGGUCUAUGAGAUGCGGCGCUGGAACGAGGCCCUUGUCACCAACAUGCUGCCCGAGCACGUGGCCCGGCACUUCCUGGGCUCCAAGAAGCGGGACGAGGAGCUGUACAGCCAGUCCUACGACGAGAUUGGCGUCAUGUUCGCUUCUCUCCCCAACUUUGCUGACUUCUACACAGAGGAGAGUAUCAACAAUGGUGGCAUCGAGUGCCUGCGGUUCCUCAAUGAGAUCAUCUCUGACUUCGACGCACUCCUGGAUGAACCCCAAUUCCGGUGUAUCACCAAAAUCAAAACCAUCGGCAGCACCUACAUGGCCGCGUCCGGAGUGACCCCCGAUGCCAACGCCAAUGGCUACAGCACCAAGAAGGAGACCCUCUCGGAUAAGGAGCGCUGGCAGCAUUUGGCUGACCUCGCCGACUUUGCCUUAGCCAUGAAGGUGACGCUGAUGAACAUCAACUACCAGUCCUUCAACAACUUCAUGCUGCGCAUAGGCAUGAACAAGGGCGCCGUGCUGGCAGGAGUCAUUGGUGCCCGCAAGCCCCACUAUGACAUCUGGGGCAACACAGUGAACGUGGCCAGCAGGAUGGAGUCCACCGGUGUGAUGGGGAACAUACAGGUGGUAGAGGAGACCCAUCUCAUCCUGAAGGAGUAUGGCUUCCGCUUUGUGCGCCGUGGGGCCAUCUACGUCAAGGGCAAAGGGGAGCUGCUCACUUUCUUUCUCAAGGGCCGGGAGAAGCAGGGCUCCUUCGUCAAUGGCUCAUCCGUCACCCUACCCCAUCAGGUGGUGGACAGCUCCUGAGGGCCCGGCGCCCACCAGCCAGCACAGCCACCACCUCCUCGGCACCCAGCGGCGUGGCCAGGGGGGCCCAGCGCUCACCACCGUGGCCAGCAGGGACAUCUCUCCCACUGAGGUCCGGAUCUGAAACCAAACUUGAGAAACCAACCCCUUUGCACAACUCUUUCCGAGUCCCCGCUGGAAAGUUCCCUUGCUCCAUCGUGCCUGCGCGCAAGCUCACAGCCCUUGGUGGGCGUGGGGCUGGGGCUGCCUUUUCCCAGGCACCCCGGCAGUAUGGCAUCCAAGUAGCAUUGCGGGCCCCGGCUGCCACGCGCUCAGCACAAGGAGAUCCAAACUCAGGGUUGGAUGGGAAGACACGUCUCUCCUACGCACCAGAGCAUCCGGGGUUUGCUGUUAGUCCAUACCAAGUUCAUCCUCGCCACAAACAUCAUAGUUAGGAGAUCGGGGAGAGAGAGUGCAGUACCCCCUUGGGCUCGGAGAAGAAGAAAAAAAUACAAAAUAUUGCGUAUUUCAGAUAUAUGAAUAUAUAUACAUAAGAGUACAGAUUGACAUUUAUAUUUUUAACUGUGCCUGUUCGCUCCCCGUGCACGCUGUGGUCAGCUGCUGUCACUGCUGUCGUUUGAUGGAAGAGAGGACCUGGGACUGGCUUUGAAGAGACUGCGUUAUUCAGCGUGACACGGCCAGGGGGAGAAGGGAGGCACACAGAGUGUAAUUAUGCCAUUAGUUUCUUGAAUAGAAAGCAGUUGAAUUUCAAA